UGAUGCAUCGCUACCAUCCAGCCAUCAUGUUAGCUGAAGAAGUCCUUUGCAUUAAGCUUUGCUAACUCAUGAAAUUACAUUCCGGGUUACUUUCUCUGUGUGUUGUUUAAGUUUUUCAUGGACACUAUGAUUUAAGAUGGAAACAACCACUGGUGUUUGAAGGUUGUUGUUUUCUUUGCCGGGAGCACCCUAUCUGGACAGCUGUCUCGGAUAACUAGCCUGUAAGCUAGCGCGGCUAAUCGUAACACACUCACACUGCCUGCCAUCAGACAGCCACUCAAGACCAAAAGUCGGCGUUUCGACGUUGGAAAUUUCUACCAUCACCAUGGAGAAGGCUGAUUUCUUGAAAGGACUUCCCGUCUACAAUAAGAGCAACUUCAGCAGGUUUCAUGCAGACUCCGUUUGUAAAGCAUCUAAUCGAAGGCCCUCUGUGUACCUCCCAACACGAGAAUACCCCUCUGAACAGAUUAUUGUAACAGAGAAAACCAACAUUCUCCUGCGUUAUCUCCAUCAGCAGUGGGACAAAAAGAAUGCAGCAAAGAAAAGGGAACAGGAACAAGGUGAGGGUGACAGUCCGGCACCCCCAAGGAAAAUCGCCAGGACAGAUAGUCAAGAGAUGAACGAAGACUCAUAAAACUGUGUGUGAGUGUGUGUUUGCAUACACAGAGUAUAGCCAGUAUAAACCAACCAAACAGUGUUCCCAGUGAAUUAAAUACUUCUAGUCGUUCUGCAUUAUGGCAGGAUUUCUUUCCUUGCCUGAAUUCGAAUCUCCCAUCUUUCAACAAAGGAGCCAUUUAUGGUGUAAAGAUUGCAUGUGUGAAAACAAUGUAACCAGAAAAGAUUGGAAAGCGUCUGUCAGUUGGAAACUAAAUACUGGCAUUUAUUUCAUUUAUGUUGGCUAUUCUCUGUGUAGGUUAUAAAAUGUUUGUAUGCAUGCUGAGCUGUGAGUGUGUACAGUAUGUGUGAAGUGAAUGAAAAGUGUCCGAGUAGAUUUAAGAUCAGAGAGGGACUGGACAGAUCAAGUCAGACACUACCCUUAAAAACAGUCUCAAAACUGGUACAUGACUUGUGUAGCCUUCUGUCACCUGAAGAGUCCUGAUUUGUGCAAAGAAAACGUUUUAAUCUGUUAUACCUAUAAUUUUUUAUGUAUGGCAAUGAGCUUCCUGCCAGCCACAGUGCCCACCCUCUCAGUUUCACUGCCCACUCUGCGACCACAUGGGGGCAUUGCGAGGUUUCUCCACACUGUUUGAUUCAACAGAACCAAGACUUCACUGUGAAGAUCAGCACAAAGUAGAAGCAACUCUUCCAGAAUCCCUGUACAUGUGUGUUCAUGGUGAAACAUUCAUAUCUUCAUUCUAUUCCGGGACGUGCUCGUAGAGUAAAUGUUGUGUUGGUGAAAUAUGUUUACAUCUAGCACCACCUUCUGGCUAUUCGAGCCUAGUAGGAAUAGGUUUUUCUGUGAGUUUCAGCUUCUCUUUCAUCAAAAGAAGAAUAACCUUAAAACGAUCUUAAAUAUAUAGUUGUACAAUUUCUAAUGUUUGUUUUUCUUAGUUGCACAACGAGGUAACAGCUCAGACAGUGAUUUAAAAACUAUGGAAAGCAAUGUCUGGAAAAGGGAUAAAAUAAAAAAUGAUGUGUGUAAAUAAUUGUCAGUUCCAGAACUAGUUGACAGUAUCCAAUGAAAUAUGUAUGUGUUGGCCUUUUUGUAAAAUAAAACAUGCCCAUGGACACAAUAGAAAAUUACCGAUUUGAAAGUAAAGAGCCCCGGUGCCCAAUGGAUGUUACCUGGCCUUGCAUGUUGAUGUUUUCACAGCUGGGUAUUAUACUUCUGGAUCAGUAAUAAAAGGGGCUGUGGUGUUAUCUUGCGUGACUGUAUAAGGUGUUAGCCUAGAGGCCUUACAACAUUUCAACAUGGGAUAGCUGUACUCGUCGCCCUGUCUUUGUGACAGCCCUGGAUGUUUUUUGUCUGAGAGCUUGCUUAGAUGAAACCAGGGGGUGGAUUAUAUUUUCAGCCAUAGAAUGCACAAAAAGCAUGCACAGCAAAGUGCAGUCGCCAUCCUGCCUUGUUCCCGAGCUUCAGUUUGUAUUGGUAUCAUAUACUAUACAACACUGAACAAAAACACAUCACUGCCUGGCAGACUCGCAUCAAAGCCUCCUGUCCUUCCUGUGCUUUUAUCAGUCAGUGCUGCAAUGUUGGUUUAACAGUGUGGUCAGUCAUCUUUCUACCCACAGCAGUCCGUUUCUGAAGCAAAACCCACAUUAUGCUUGUACUCAAAUAGACAGUCUACAACCCUGACAUUGCCCCAUUCUCAUGUGUUAGAUCAGAUAUGUUCUUUAAACCUUGCUGAAAUAAAACUGGAUUGAAAUUGG